GUCGUCAAAACUAAAUCAGUAACGUUAAAAAACUCUUUGAUUACAUGGAGCGAGGGAGGAUGUGCUAUGCCUAUGUACUAUGAGUAUAGUAUAAUGUUUACCAAAAGCGUAAGUCUGUACUGAUUCGUCGCACAGGGCAUGAUUUUUUCUCCGUUCCGUGGAGACAGUUCUGGUUUCCCCCCUGCUAUCGUGUUUUCUGCACACACUCCAACAAGGUCCCCAGGAUAGAGUUUACCUCAUGCGGAAAUGAUUCAUUGUUAUCAUGUGGACUCAGUGUGUGGCAUACCACAAACGAGCAGUGACCAAUCAGAUCGCGUAGUUUCCUGUUUCUAGCCCGCUGAUUGGUCAAUAGCUCCCCGCAGGCUCUUAGGCAGUGUCAACAUUCCCGGAUGAUUUUAUUAAUGGCAUAAUUUAUGUUUGCCCAAGGGUUGAAAGGAAAUCGGAACAAAAGCACUGCUGAACGGACUCUUUGAAAGCACACUUAGUGGCGAUUUGCACAGUGAGCAGAGCACGAGUGGGGACAGUUGUUCACUGUGGCUUCGUGGGCGCAGCUAUUCCUGUUUUCACGGGGACCAUCCUAUGCGCCUGCAUGCUGUGUUGAAGAAGACUGCUUGCUGUGGGCACUGUACGUGAUUACCUCCAGGCUCGCAACUGUUGUGUGACUGUAACCAAACUGUACCCAGUCUUUUCAUGUAAAACUGCACCCAAGAAGACAGUACAGCGUUGACUGUUGUGUAGUUUUAUCGCGUAGUGGGUGAGACGGAGGUUUUACCGUCUGUUUAGUGCAGCGCCUGGAACAAAGAACCACGCCGUCCUGUUCACGGCGAGGCCCGCGUUGUUGUCUGUUUGCAUUUGGAUCAAAAAGCAGACCGGAGACUUUGUGAGUGGAAUACAAAUCGUGCACGACUCAACCCUGUGCUGCUGGGACUACCACACCGCGUACAAAACGUUUCACACAAGAUCUAUUGCAUCAAGGGGUGAGAAGCCGGGCGAGAGGGUGCAGGCUCCUCCUGCUGAGCUCGAUGUGGGGGCCGGGGAAGCUCGGGAGUUCCUGAGGGAAGAUGGCAGCAGUACUCGGGACCCAGGAACACGGCUUGUACGAUAGCGGAGACGAGUGGGAAGUCGGGGUCGGCGACCUCAUCAUCGAUUUGGACGCAGAUUUGGAAAAAGAUCGCCAGCGAGCCGAGGAGGAGAAAAUUAUGGUCCCACCUUCUCCUCAAAAGGUGGCCAACAACAAAAGUCCAGCUGCAGGAAAGGACAUCAAAAUGAAGGUGAAACGCAGCAAGGGAGUCAACGGGGCAAAAACAUACAGUAUAAGUGAUCUAAAUAUAGGGAAGAAAGAUGGAGAUGCUCAGUACGAUUUUGAUGGGGCCGGUUCAAAUUAUUUCACACCUUCCAGUAAAACUGGAAAGGGUUCCUUGGGGGAGGAGAAAUCAGGAAAAUCGAACAAAGGGGGGAGUCAUCACAAAAGUAAAACCUCAGACAAAAGCAGCAGUAGUAGUGGGAGUGGGAAAGGAUCAUCUUCAAGUGGAGGAUCCAAUUCACACCAGGGGAGUUCGGAUGUUGGUGGAGGUUCAGGUUGUGGCAGCGGCAACAGUGGAAACGAUGGCCAGGACGGUAAUGAUAAGAACAGGAAAAAGGACGACAGGCCCUCGUCUUCCAAGGGAAAAGGUUCUGCAUCUGAGAAAAGUGAGAAGAAAAAGGAUACUGACAAGUCGGGUGAAUCAGGAUCUAGUGCCAAGACAAAGGGCAAGAAGAGCAAGGCAGACAAAGCUGAAAAGUCUGGCUCCUCCAGCCACAGUGCUAAGGCAUCAGGGCCCCAGGUAAUGCCCCCACCAUCACUGCUCUCGGUACAUGCACCAAGCCCAGCGCCGUCCGUACGCCACAUCGGAGUCAACACGUCCGAAGUCGGGGUGGUUACGGAACCUGAGUGUCUGGGUCCAUGUGAGCCGGGAACCAGUGUGAACCUAGAGGGGAUCGUGUGGCACGAGACAGAAGGAGGUGUUCUGGUGGUGAACGUUACCUGGCGGAACAAGACGUAUGUGGGAACCCUGCUGGACUGCACCAGGCAUGACUGGGCUCCACCCAGGUUCAGUGACUCGCCUACCAGUGAUCUAGAAGUCAGGACCCCCAAAGGUAGAGGCAAGCGAGCAAGGUCAACAACAAACACCCCCCAGGAUGACCCCACCUAUCAGGGUCCACCAGAUGCACGAAAGCUGCGCAGCAACGGAAAACCUGGCCGUAAAGCUGGGCACGGGCGCAGGACACCCACCGGCAGUGGCAGAGGGGAAGACUUCAACUCUGGCACUGGGGGAAAACGGAAGGGGAAGCCGCCUACCGAUUUGGACUUGAACUCGAGCUCUGAGGAUGUGAAACCCAGCAAGAGGAUACGUACAAACUCCCGUGGCACACCCACCACUCCCCAGGGUGAUGGGUCCAUGCCGGCCCUGAUAGAGUGUCCGCAUGCAAACUGUAACAAGAAGUACAAACAUAUCAAUGGACUGAGGUACCACCAGGCACAUGCACAUUUGGAUGACGAGGAAACAAAAGAGGAGGAAAAGGAGGAGGACAGUGUCGAUCACUGCAGUGCUGCUUCCAGCAUCCCCAUUAAAGAGGAGAAACUGUUGACUUCUUGUGCAGAAAAACUGCAAUCAGACCUGAGCAUACAAAACUUUGCCGUCUUUGGCAGUUCACAAGACAGCAACAGUAAAAAGCCUAUAGACAGUUUGGAGGCGUUGGAUUCCCUCCAGAGAAGAGAACACGAAAGCCUUCAGAAGAAGGAUGUUGAUCUCAAGAAGGUUAAGGCAGAGGCAAUAAGUGAGUAUGAUUUCCCUGGAUGUCCAUCCCCGACCAUACAGAAACCGGCUGUUCAAGUCAAGUGUGCAAAGAGCAAACAUGACUUUUCACCUAGGAAAACACCAAAAAGUCCUGGUCGUGGUACUAAUCCUGCUCAUGGUGUUUUUGGAAUAAAGAAGGAACCUGUCAUGGUUACUCAAGCCGGUACAUGGCAGCCGCCUGUGUCCGUGCCACCACACACUGCAGUCUCAAAUUCGUCAGCUGCAGUCGCCACCAAAACCUCUCAUGGACCGGACACUCCCGCAGAUGUGACAGGUGGUGCACCUGACCCAACCCUUGGCACACCAGCUGUUGGCAUGUUACACAUGUCACCAGCCAGUGUCAGUCAGCAGACAUCUGUUAUUCAGAGCACUGGUUCUCACCUGGACAGACCGAAAAGUUUAGAGACUGGAAAGAAGUCCAGCCAUGCCAGCAGUGGGUCUAAGGGGGAGAAAUCAUCGAAGUCGAAAACUGCUCGUCCAAUUGCACCUGCUCCUCCGGUCCCACAGCUGAUCGCCAUUCCUGCCACGUUCUCAUCUGCAAGUGUUGUUGCCCCGGCUGGAAUGCAGGCUAUUAGCACUAUGGCACAAACCACACCUAAGAGCCCUACAACCUCAGCCUUGAAACCGAUUCAGCCCAAGCCAACCAUCAUGGGAGAGCCAACACCUCAGAGUAUCUCCAUUCCUAGUUUUAAGGAGAAGAAGCAUAAGCAAAAGAGGAAAAUAAAGGAUGGGGACAAAGUUGCAAAAGAGGAAAAGAGCAAAAAAGAAUCAAGGGGACCAAAAGCAGAUGAAAAGUCUGAAUACAGUUCUGCAAAAGAUGGCACAGCUAAACUUCUUGGGGAUGGAAACUCUGGCAAACAUGUUACAGAAGCACAGCUGAGUGCAGGCCAUCAUAUGUCUAAUGGGAUUGACUUGCAGAGAGCUGAAGGGAAAGGUUCUCUGCUAGCAAGCCCCAAAGAUCUGGAUGGCCCAAACAGUAGUUUGUAUUCUGAUACUGGAAACGUGCUCGGCUUGAAGCCGCUACAUGUCAUUACGCCAGGAAUCCAGUCUGCUACAGCAGACGACAAACAGUCGGCCAGCAGCCCUGCCUACUCGGACAUCUCUGACGAUGGAAACGAGCAGGCGGAGGGCAGGGCAGUGGAGUCCAAGCACAAAGGGAAGGCUGCAGCGUCUCUGGAACCUGUAGGAUCACCGUCUGCCACACCACCGCUGGCAAGCCAGGCACUGGGAAAGCAGGAGGCCGGGUCUCAAGUUCGCUUUCAGUCCCAUUACGCUUCCAUACAAACUCCCUUCACUGCCACCAGCACCACGUUGACUCAGGGUAAGGAGAUCAAACAGGAGCCUGAGGACACAGACAGGCCGGGGAAUGACGAGAAGCACGAGUCAGACUCCAGAGGGGAACCGCAGGCCAAGAAACCGCGCACCAGCCAGACUCCAUCUCAGGAAUCCAUGUCGUCGCCUCACCCGCAGGAUUCACAGCAAAGGACCAGUCAGCAGCAACAAGCUGCUUACGCACAAUAUCAGCAUCAACAGUACCAGUACCUCGCCUACCAUGGCUACAGGAUAGACCCAGCAUAUCAUAACUACCUGAUGGCAGCCGACCCGCAGUACAGGCAGCAGUAUGAACAGUACUACAUACAGGAGCAAACCAGGUUAAGAGCAGAGCAGGAACAAAGAAUGAAGGACCCAGAAAAGGUAGACAAGCCCAGAGAAUCAAACUCCCAUGGCGAACAUAGCAAGAAGGAUGACAAAGACAGCAAAGAGCAUGAGCACACGGACUCGUCCAAACCCCCACAGUUAGAGCCAAUUAAGGAUAGGACUAAAGAAGAGGCAUCUCGGAGUGAGAAGGCUUCACCAGUUCAUAAAACCAUGACAUACCCUUCCCAGCCACCACCCCUCAAAAGGGCUGAUGAUGCUGACAGCCUGAAGGCCAAACAGACUGAGAACCACCAGAUCAUGAAGGAAAAUAUUGAGCUGAAGACCCAGCUUGAAUCUACAACUCCACGGCAACAGCAACAACAAGGUGCUGCAGGCACAGGGAAUAACUUUGACCCCAGGCUGUUGUAUAAGCAGCAGGAGGAGAUGAGACAGUACUACCUGAUCCAGCAGAAACUCAUGGAGGAGAGGAGAACUGAGGAAGAACACCGUAGGCAUGGGCACAGCGCAGACAAGGCCCCACACGGCCACAUCUCAGAUAAAAGCUCACAUGGACAUGCCUCUGAUAAGGCCCUUCAUGACCAAAGCACUGACAAGGCCUCUCAUAGUCACAGUUCUGAAAAGUCCUCUCACGGUCACAGUUCUGAAAAGUCCUCUCACGGUCACAGUUCAGAAAAGGCCUCUCACAGUCACAGUUCAGAAAGGGCCUCUCAUGGACACAGUUCAGAAAAGGCCUCUCACAGUCACAGUUCAGAAAAGUCCUCUCACGGUCAUCAUAGUGAUAGGGUUCCCAGACCAGACAGUAGAGAAGGAGACCCAAAACUUCAGCGUGACAGGCCUAAGAAAGACAUGGAGACAGAAAGGAGAGCUUCUGAUGACAAACAUCGCAGUGAAAAACAUCACCACAAAGAGGCUGCUGCUGGGUCAAGUUUGAGUUUGAAACCAAACAGCAGGACACAAAGCCCCGCUCCCCGGAGAGACAGCCCUGUGGCUGGUUCUUCAGCAGAAAACACCAAGGACUCCAAGGAACAUUCCAGGGACUCAACAGACUCAAAAGACAGGAGCAGACCUCCCAGUCAAGAAAGAGCAAAGGACAGAGGUUCCCCUAUGGACAGAUCCUCUCCUAGACAUGUACCUUAUCAGUACAUGCAACAGUACAGUCCUUACAUGCACCCAUAUGCUGCUAUGCACCUGGACCCGGCCUACAGAGGAAUGUACCCCAUAGGCUAUGCAGGUGCUCCGUAUGUCCAUCCACAGUUCCGGUACCAAGGAGACCCGGCAGGUUCACCACAACAAGUCCUCGGCUCGUCAUACAAAGGUCAGUCUAGUAGUCCACACGAUCGUCCUUCUGCCAUUUCACCAGCUUCAAGUAAAGGCAAAUCUGAGCAUAAUGGGGGGCCCUUCCCUCCCCCCGCCAAACCGGCUCAUGACACGACAGGGCAGAGUGGGAAGCCAGCCACGUCGACGUCCUCCAGACCCAAGUCUGCUCAGGGCAAGCCGGCGGCAGAAGCAGCGGAGAAGACGAGUGGAGAGGCGGUGCCCCAGCUGCAUCACGUGCACACCCACCACCACACACAUGUCGGGGUGGGGUUUCCUGCAGUAGGGCAGUACGAUCCAUACAAUGUCGGGGUGCUGGGACAGUCAGGACCAGGGGUCGGGCUUCCGUCUGCAAUGAGCCCUUAUCAACCCAGAAGGGAGUGACAAAGCUGACUGUAUAGUGGACACCAGCUCUAGAGAGCGACAGUGGAACUUGGAAUAGGGGAGGUGGAAUGACUGGACCCGGGCAAUGGAUUUCCUUUCACAAACUGUUCUAUUGGAUAUCUAAUGGAUGUGGACCAGAUGAGCUUACAGACUGGACACAGCCUUCACCACUAGGAGUGGACCAGGCUAGAGUAAUCCCUGCACAGCUGAAGACUUACAUGCAGUAUCACAAUCAAGGACAAACACAAGAAAAAGGAUUGUGGACCAGAAUUAGAAAUCCUACCUAUCAAUGUUUUGGGAUCCUUUGUAUUCAGUGAAUGUACAAUUUAGAGGUAGGCUGUUGUCACAAGGCAAUCAAACAUCAUAAAAUGAAAACAUUUCCAUUUUAGUACAGCAACGUUACCAACCUAUCCUGAAAUGUUAUGCUAACACUUGAGGAUGAUGAAAACAAUGUGGUGAUGAUCUUAAUUUCUACGCUGCACUUGUGCAACGACCGGUGCUGCAAUGUCAAGGUUUGCUGUGAGCUGUUAUUUAUGGCACAUGGUAGGGUUGAAGAAAAGUAGGUUGCCUAAAGCUGGUUUUAGAUUCAGGGCAAGAUUAGACAAACCACAGAGGCCAUCCACUAUACAGGGCAGCUGCUGCAUAUAAAGCUGCCUUUAGAGAAUGUUCUGUAAUCUGUAUUCAGGGAGAUGCACUAGUGUAAAAAAGUAAAUGUUACGCUUAUCCUAUUAAUGUGGUUCCUCUUUUGUGUACUACAAAACAUUGCCUUUGGUCAUAUGUGUAUUUGACGACGAAUAAGAACUGUUAGAAAGGGAAAAGCAUCAAAAGUGUGUUAUUACCUUGCCAAGGGACUAGUGCGCUGUGACAAUGAUUGUAUUAAUGGAACAAAGAGGAUAGAAAUAGUUCUGAAUUAUCCAUGGCUGUGCUGAGCUCUCAAACUACUUACUCUUUUUGCCUUGUCUUGUGAGGGUUGUGUAAGAUAGGUGUGUAAUGCUUGUACAUUGUGGCAAUGGGACAGCUUAAAGCAAAUGUACAUACAAGUGCUGAGACAGACAAGUACAAAUUUCGCAAAGAAAGUGUGGGUUACUUAGAUUCAUGCUGUCAUGUACAGAGAUUUUGUACAGAGAAAAAAAGCAAAGCAUUGCCACGUGCAAUAACCAUAUAGCAAUAACCCUAUUUUCUAAAAUGCAAUUUUCCGUUGUUCAACCUGUUAUUGCAAGCAAAUGUGUGGCUCCUUUUGCAGCUCAUUAUUGUUGGUUCAGUUUUUUUCUUGUCAUUUAAUAUCUCCAGGAUUACCUUAACUUUCAGGUUUGUUUCUUUGUACUAUUGAGGCGAAGAUGUCAAUAAAGUUUGUUUUGUAGAAAUCA